AUGGAGGUCGCGGUACAAUCGCGAACCAAUGAAAAGUUCGAUCUGGAAUGUACUUUAUUCUCGAGCAGCAUAGAUUGGUUCAACCUCCGAAUUGAUGAACUUGGUGAGGUAUCGGCGCAAGUUAAGAGGAGGAGCAUCAGCAUUUUUCCACCCGUGCCCAAAGCUAUAUCAAUUGAUUUUAUGUUGUAUACGUGUGAUGGCGAAGUUUUACCAAUGAAAUCUUGGAAGUCUUCUGUUGAUGAAGGAGAGAAGUUGAUGGCAUAG